AUGAUCCCGCCCACCGGCCGGCUCCCGUGGCUGGCCCUGGUGCUGGGCAUCCUGCUGCUGGCGGCCGCGCCGCUCGCCGAGGCCGGGCUCCAGCCCACCCCCUCGCACCUGGAAUACAUCCGGGUCCACACGAUCCCCGGCCCGGACAACCCGACCAUCGAUCUCAACCGGGACAUCCACUUUUGCGACUUCUUCAGCCAGGACACCCUGCUGCCCGGCACGCGCGACGGCCUGGCCGACCUGUCCUUCUAUGAGACCCACUACACGGCCCGGCCGAGCCCCGGGGCCCCGAUCAGCUUCAUCCACGCCGGCCCCGGCAGCGUGUCCUGCCUCACGACCAGCCCCUUCCCCCGGGCCCCACUCGCGCCCACCAGCACCCUGUACAACCCGCUGGCCGGGCAGCUCGCGGAUCUCUUCCUCGCCCAAAGCCCGCCGGUCCUCCUCCGCGGCAAUGGCCUCUUCGCCGUCGGGUCCUCCCUGGCCUCGACCCUGUCGUCGGUCGUCGUGUCGGCCUUCCCCCAUGGCCAGGACGCCCCGGCCGUCUGGGCCCUGGUGAAGUUCUUCGCCGGCCACCCUACCUACAUCGCUGUGCAGGUCCUUGGCCCCGACCCGGAGCACGACUACUCCAAAGCCGACACCUUCCCCCAACUGAAGAACAUCCGCGGGGCCAUCGCCGUGGACAUCGAUGCCGACGGCCACGCCGAGGCCCUCAUCGCCAGCCAGCACGAAGACCACCCCGGUCAGGGGUACUGCCUGACCCUGCUGUCGGACUUCCUGGGCGCCAGCUUCUGCCAGGAACGCAUCCUGGCCGUCCUGCCACCGGGCUUCCUGCCUGGCGGCAUGGUGGUCGGCGACUUCGAUGGCGAUGGCAAUGCCUCGGACAUUGUGGUCCUCCCCGGGCUCGGGUCCGCCAAUGCCCCGGCCCUCUUCUUCCUCCUGUCCGGCAACCAGUUCGCCCAGCCGGUCGUCAUCGACCUGGCGGACUUCUACCGCGGCAGCCCGCCCGGCACCUGGACCGGCGAGCUGUUCAAGGCCACCGCCGCGCGCGUCACCUCCCCGGACCACCACGACCUCAUCAUCGCCGGGGGUCGUCGCGUCCUGGUGCUGACCGGGCCGCGCGACGCCGCCGCCGAGGCCCCCGCCUCGCCGAUGACCCUCAAUGCCAUUGAUUACUUUGCCCUGGUGCCGGAUGCCCCUUCCGGCCGGUGGGUCGGCCUGGCCAGCGGCGACUAUGAUGGUGAUGGCCACCUGGACAUCGCCCUCGCCCAUGACAGCGACCCGAGCGCCAUCCGCCUGUACUCGCUGCACAGCGCCGCGCCCACGUGCCUCUGCGGCCCCAAGGCCCAGUGCAUUCACCAGGGCGGCCCGCAUGUCCAUCCGGCCUGCACCUGCGCCCUGGCCCAUCGCCAGCUCCUCAACACCUACUUCCCGUGCGAGGCCUGCCUCGCGGGCUUCUUCCUCGGUGACGACAACAAGUGCCUCGCCUGUCACAGCAGCUGCGCCGCAUGCAGCGGUCCCACCGCCACCGAUUGCAUCACCUGCCGCACGGGCACCUUCCUGCUGGACGGCAGCUGCAUGCCCGCCUCGCCCGUGACCACGCGCGUCCGUGUGGAGGAUGACCCCACCCUGCCGCUGUACUUCCAAGCCUCGGAGGUGGUGGCCACCGCGCAGUUCGAGCGCAUGGCCGUGGUCAGCUUCGAUGUCGGCCUCAACAUGGGCUAUGCCUUCCACGAUUUGUGCGCCUUCGGGCACCUCUACCAGACGGACCUCAGCCCGGCCUCUCCGAUCAAGGCCGAGGCCCUGCACAUGGGCUUCGCCUCCACCUCCUGGAUGGCGUAUGCCACCCCGGCGCCAGGCGGCGGCCACUUCAAUGCCACCGCCACCGGGGCCGACGCCCUGAGCACCCUCCUCCUUCGCCGGGAUGGCGAUGCGCCCCUCCUCGUGCCGCAUGCCGGCGGGACCACCGUCGAAUGCAUGGCCGCCAGCGGUAGCCCCGAGGCCCGGCUGUGCCAUGCCAUGUACAUGACCCCGCUCAAUGGUCACGCCCUGGCCUUUGCCCGGCCGGCCCCGGGCCGGCGCAUUGCCGCGGCCCUGCCCAUGCUCGGCACCCGGCGCCUGGUGCCGCCCAACCGCCAUUUCCGCGCCGGCACCUGGCACCCGGUGGACAACCACCCGGGCCUGGACCGGUGGCUGGUGGCCACCUCGGCCCAGCCGGCCGAUGUCCUGUGCCAGUACCACUGGACCGGCCUCCUGGCCGAGGACAUGGCCAGCAGCUCCUCCCGCACGGCCUUCCUGUCGCUGGAAACCCCGGCCGGCGACCUGGCCCCCUGCGGCCAGCCACACUCGCUGCCCGCCGACCCGGCCGGGCUCGCGCCCCCGCCGCUGCUCAUCUCCGCCGAGGGCAAUGCCCCGGGGCUGCCGGGGCUGCUCUUCUUCUGGCGCUCGAGCCUCACCGCCCGGACGGCCGGCACCCCGCGCAUGGACACCAUGGUGCCCCUGCUGACGGCCGCCGAUCUGGGCUACGCUCCGGGCACCUCGCCCCCGGUCCUCCAUGCGGCCAUCGUGCCGCACACCGCCCGCCAUGACCAUGUCCAGCUCUUCCUGUGGGACGGCUCGUGGGCCUAUGCCGCCGUGCUCAAGAUCAGCCCCUCCGGCGCCCUGCGCCUCGAUGUGCAGCCCGUGGUGCCUCGCCGCCCGGAGGACAUGCAGCCCUUCGCCGGCGCGCCUGCCGACCAAAUCCGCUUGGUCCCCCUGGACCUCGACGCCGACGGCCGGCCGGAGAUGGCCCUCGUCCGCCUGAACACCGGCAAGGUGGUCUUCUUCACCGAGGCCGGCCCGCACAAUGGCUGCGGCGCCGGCACCCUCGGCACCUGCGUCACCCCGCGGCCCGCCUGGUCCGCCACCACCUGCAGCACGGCCGACGACUCCGGCUGCGUCCCCCGGCCGACUGCCCUGGUGGCCGGCGACCUGGCGGUCUGCCUCUCCGGCGUGGCCACCCCCGAGGUCCCGUGUGCCCUGUGUGACCCGGACACCAUGGAGGACUGCACCCCGCCCUGCAGCCUGCCCCACUGCCGCCGGUGCCUGGAUGGCCGGUGUCUCGCCUGCCACACCGGCUUCCUCCUGGCCGAGGACGGCACCGCUUGCAUUGCCGCCUGCCCGGACCCGGAUGCCCCGGUGGCCAAGGGCCAAUGCCUCGCCCCGUCGCCCACCGCCUUCCUGCCCUGGGCCCGGAUCAUGCCCCAGGCAUCGUGGGCCGGCUUCCGGCCGCUCGGCCUCAUGCACGCCCGGCCGGCCCACCUGGUGUUCGAAGGCCAGCCCACGACCUGGCCCGUGGCCACGGCCACCCCCAGCCUCCUGGGGCACUUCGGCCCGGAAGCCGACGCCCUGACCCUGAUCCCGGUCAGCCCGGCCGCCGUCGAUGGCCGGCCCACCGAGGUCCGCCAGGUGAACUUCCCCCAAGUCCUCGAGGACUUCCUUGCUUGGGAUGCCGGCAUCCGGGGGCUUGCCGCCAUGGGCGCGCAGUCUCCCCGGGCGGCCGGCCACCACCGGCCGCAGCCGCGCCCCCCUUCGCGCGCCGGCUUCUCCAGCUUCGCCACCCUCUUCGCCCGGUCCCCGGCCGCCGGCCCCAUGCGAUCGGCCUCCCCCCCCGGCGGGCCCGCCGCCAGCCAAUACCCCAGCUCCGACCCGACGGACUUCCCCCCGGUCACCAGCCUGGCCGAGCUUCUGCGCCCGAUUGCGCCGCCCUUCCUGGCCGGGCUCCAAACCCGGGAGACCCUUGCCCCGCGCGAGUCGCAGGCCUCCGGCCUGGCGCUCAGCAUGGCCCCCUUCUCCACCGGCAGUGUCGGCCUCUCGCGCAUCGACACCGAUCUGCGCCUCCUGCCCCACUACGGCUUUGGGUAUGUCCGCCGCCCGGCCGACCUGGACGCCGAUCUGCCGGUUGUCGCCACCCUCAUGUCGCUCGUCAUCGCCCCGGGCAUGGUCCAGCCAACGGAAAGUGCCCACCGCGACCCGCUGUCGGUGCUGAUGUUCCCCCUGCCGCACCCGGCCACCGAGCUGGCCUUCGCCCCGGUGCAACUCCACGGCCAGCGCGACCCGCGCAUCCCCUCGCUCCUGCGCCGGGCCCCGGGCGCCGACCCGGACGCCCCGCCCGAGCACCUCCUCCUGCUGCCCACCUGGAUGGCCGGCUACUGGGACCUGCCCUACUCCAUCGCCACCCUGCUCAUCACCCUCCCCUCCUUCGGGCCCCGGCUCAGCGUGCCUCGGGUCGACUACCAGUGGGGCGAGUGCCUGGUGCUGGCCCUGCCAUCGGCCACUAGCCUCUAUCCGGCCCUGGCCGGCACCGCCGGCGAGCGCCCGGCCGUGCUCUUCAUCCACAGCUACUACCAGGAGCCGGAAUUCCUGUUCUUCCAGCCCCCGGGCGACGACGUGCCCCUGCACCAGGCCCUCUUCUACCGCCAGGCGACCGACACCCUGGCCCAUGCGGUCUUCGUCCGGGCGGACGGCGCCCCGGCCGGCAUCGUGGCCCAGCCCUUCGACUGCCUCGCGGACCAGAGCCUGUGGGACUUCGAGGAGGCCUACGGCGCGUCGCCCUUCGCCACCCCGGCCGGCCUGCUGGCCGACCCCUUCCUCGAGGGCAACCUCUCCGGCCGGCGGGACUCCGGCUGCCCGCUGGCGGUCAUCGAGCACCUGGCCGUCAGCCCGGAAUCCGAGCUGGCCGUCAUGGACCUCAACCGUGACGGGCAGGAGGACCUAGUCCUGGUGGACCGGGCCACCGGCCGGGUGGUGUUCUACCUGGCCGACACCCUGGCGGCCGACCGCCAGGCCAUCUCCUUCCGCCGGGUGGUGGUCAUGCCGGGCAGCGCCCUGGCCGCGGGGCAGGCCGCCGCCUCGCCCGGUCCCGUCAUCCAGAUCGUGGACUUCAACAAUGACGGCCUGAUGGACGUGGUCCUGACCGAGGACACCGCCGCCGGGCCGCGCGUCAGGGUCUACGCCCACCCGGACACCACGGCCCCACAAUGCCCACCCGGGACUGCCUUCAGCCAGGAGGACUUCUCCUGCGUGUGCCCCGGCGCCAACACCCUCUUCGAUGUGGCCGGCAAUGCCUGUGCCUGCAUUGCGCAUGCCGUGCAGGUGCAAGACGGCCCGGACUGCGCCUGCCCGGCGGGCCUGCUGGCCACGGCCACCGAGUGCGCCUGCCCCGCGGGCCGGCGGCCGCUCUAUGACGAGGCGGCCAGCGGCGAGGUGGACCCGCGCACGUGCGGCGAGUGCGACGACUCGUGCGGCACCUGCUCGGUGCAGCGCCCCGGCCGGUGUGCCACCUGCCCGGCCGGGCUGCUGGACCUGGACCACGGGCAGGCCUGUGUGGCCGGCUGCCCGGCCGGCUACAACCGCACCUCCGAUGGCCGGGGCUGCGUGGCCUGCGCGGCCGGGUGCGAUGCCUGCACCGGGGUGCCCGGCCGCUGCACGGCCUGCGCUCCGGGGCUCUGGCUCGACGAGACCACCGGCCGCUGCCAGCCCUGCAGCACUCGGUGCGACUCGUGCUCCGGCCCCGGCGACUGCCACGCCUGCAUCCCCGGCUACUCGGUCAACCAGCUGACCGGCCUGUGCGAGGAAACCUCCUGCUCGCCGGGCAGCGGGUUCGACCCCGCCACCGGCCAGUGCGUCGCCUGCGCCGGCACCGACUGCCUGCACUGCGCCCCCGGCGCCUCGACCCACUGCACCGCCUGCCCGGCCAAUGCCAUCUACGACUCGACCAGCCGCACAUGCCGGGCCUGCCCGGACCACUGUGCCACCUGCCAGCAGGACCCCCACGGCCAGUGCCUCUCCUGCCAGGAGGGCUACUUCCUGUCGAACGGCAUCUGCGUGGCCAACUGCCCUCAAGGCAGCUUCCCCCGCCCGGGGGCCAGCCCCGGCGUCUGCGACGCCUGCUAUCCCCUGUGUGCCGAGUGCACCGGGACCCAGUCCGCCCAGUGCCUCCGGUGCUUCCUGCCCACCGAUAUCCUCACCCCCGGGGCGGAUCUGGCCUGCCAGCCGCCCCCCUGCCCCGGCGGCCCCGGCGCCUGCCCCUGCAACAUCGCCAACUGUGCCACAUGCCUCAACCAGGAUGCCACCAUGUGCCUGCGCUGCCAGCCCGGCUACCUGUUGCUUCCCUACUCCAUGUGCGUCCUGCCGGACAUGUGCCCCCCGGGCUACUAUCCCAACAUCGAGGCCGGCCUUUGCGGCGUCUGCGGCGCGGGCUGUGCCACUUGCGACCCGGCCCGGCCGGAGGUGUGCCUCUCCUGCCCGGCCACCGACCCGGUCCAGCUGGUCAACGGCCGCUGCACCUGGGACUGCCCGCACACCGGGUUCUUCCGCGACCCGACCCAGGGUCACGCGUGUGUCCCAUGCCCGGCCGGCUGCCGGCUGUGCAGCGGCCCCCUCGCGUGCGACACCUGUGAGCAUGGCACCCUCGCCCACCAGGGCAGCUGCCUGACCAGCUGCCCCUUCGGCACCUUCCCCGAAGCCGGCGCCUGCCAGCCCUGUGCCCAACAUUGCGCCAGCUGCUUCGGCCCGGCCGCCACCCACUGCUCCAGCUGCCGCCACGCCAUGUUCCUCGCCCUGGGCCAGUGCCUGGACGCCUGCCCGGCCGGCUCCUACAGCCCGACCGGCGAGGCCGGCUGCCGGCCCUGUGCCGACGGCUGUGCCGAGUGCGUCGGCCCCGAGCCCCUCCACUGCACUGCCUGCCUGGGCACCGGCUACCUCUCGGUCACGGAUGGCACAUGCGCCAGCAGCUGCCCCAGCAACAUGGUCCCCUCGGCCGUCGGCCGCAACUGCCUCCCCUGCCAUGCCACCUGCAGCACGUGCUCCGACGCCUAUGACCCGGGCGCCUGCAUUGCCUGCGCUCCCGGGCGCCUGCUCCAGCCCGGCGUCGGCUGCCUCGAAGCCUGCAACCCGGGCUCCUUCCCGGCGCAGGGCGGCACCUGCCUGGCUUGUGAUGGUACCUGUGCCGAGUGCUCCGGCCCCGCGGCCGGCCAGUGCACCGCCUGCAAGCCGGCCCGGCCGAUUCUCGUCCCCGGCGCCGGCUGCCUGGAUGCCUGUCCCGCCGGCUCGUAUCGCCUCCCGGGCGCCGAUGCCUGCGCCCCCUGCCAUCCCAAGUGUGCUGCAUGCACCGGGCCCACCUCGGCCGAGUGCACCCCUCCGCUUCCGGAUGACGACAGUAGCACCUCCACGAGUGACAGUGCGCCAGGUGGCAGCUCUAGCAGCAACAGCAGCAAUGGCAGCAGCAGCAGUAGCAGCAAUGGCAGCAAUGGCAGCAGCAGCAACAGCAGCAACAGCAGCAACAGCAGCAACAGCAGCAACAGCAGCAACAGCAGCAGCGAUGUCCCGUCCUCCGGCCGCAACAAGACCGCCCUGGCCAUCGGCCUCGGGGUAGGCCUGCCCCUGCUGGCCAUCAUCAUCGUGGCCGUCGUCGUGGUGCUGGUCAUGCGCAAGCCCACCGGCGCCAAGGCCGGCUCCAGCGCCGGCCCGGGCAUGAGCAACACAUCCAUGGAGAUGGGCGAGAUCCUGCCUUAGCAGAGCGGCUCCGCUAGCUGGCAUCCUUCCUGUACCGCGCCUUCGCCGCCCGCGCGCCGGCGCCGAGGUGCACCGACACCCGAAAUACAGCGACAUCCCACAC